CAAUAAUGCACGGCACCCGGGAAAGCAGAAGGGCUCUACGUCCUGUCCCUCUGAUGCUGCAUUAAAUAAGCAGGCCAGGGCUUAAAACAACCCAAAGGCAGGAACCCGAAAAAUAAAAGCGCUUCCCCCGGAAGCAGCUGCUGCCGCCGCUGCUCCACUGCCCCGCAACAGCAACCGCUGCAGGUCGCAGCCCGGUUUCAGGCCCCGCCGAUAAAAGCGAGGAGAAAGCGAACUCUAUUCCCCUCCCUCCUCCCAUCUCUCUCAUCUUCGCUGCCAUUUCUUUCCUAUUGAUCUGCUGUGCCGCAGCAGCGGUGCAGCGCCAACAGCGACAACCAGAUCAGACAAAACUCGGCAACAUCAGCGGCGAUGAAAGGAGAGAGAGAGAGAGAGAGAUUAGAUUCAGCUUAAAAUAUUUAACUAAAGAGUGAGAAAAAGACGAGAAGUUAAUGAGAGAGUACGGAAGUGCAUGGUUAGCGGGUCGCUUUUGACCCGCUGCUUUUUAGCAAAGCUGAAGCUGAAGCUGAAGCUGAUGCAGAGGAGACCCCAAGGGGAAGAGAAGGGAAGGGAAAAGCUUGAAUCUUUGAAUCUUUAACCAUUCGCCCUCGAUCUCUCCGCCGUAUCCAAUAUCCACUGUGCUGCUGCUCGCCUGGUCUCCCGCCUCUCACGCUGGCCUUUCCUUUUCCUUUUCCUUAAAAAAGCUUUUAAAACGUAUCUUCCUCUUCUCUUCUCAUGGCCACCACCGCCAUGCAUCAUUCCACCCUUGCCAUGCUCCUGCUCCACCCCCUAGCCCUAUCCCUAGCCCUAGUUUCUGUUGCUCGUUAGUUUUCUUCGCUCCCUUUGCUUUGGUUCUUGGGUUCAGGGACGAUGGGGAUCGAUCUGAACACGGUUGAGGAGGAGGAGGAGGAGGAGGCGGAGCUACCGGCCGCUCCACAGGUCCCGAGCCAGGCGCAGCGCCGCCCUUCGCCGGCGGCGGCCGGAGCGGAGGCACUGUGCCUGGAGCUGUGGCACGCCUGCGCGGGGCCGCUGAUAUAUCUUCCGAGGAAGGGGAGCGUGGUGGUGUACCUGCCGCAAGGGCAUCUUGAGCACCUGGGGGACGCCGGCGGCGGACUCUUCCGAUACGACUUGCCGCCUCACAUCUUCUGCCGCGUCAUCGACGUCAAGCUCCAUGCUGAUGCAGCUACAGACGAGGUUUAUGCGCAGCUCUCUCUGGUUGCCGAAAGUGAGGAGGUCGAGCGGCAACUGCGGGAGGGCGAAGUUGAAGGAGAUGGGGAAGUGGAAGAUGUUGAUGGUCUUCAUAGGUCUUCGAUGCCUCAUAUGUUCUGCAAGACGCUCACAGCCUCCGACACAAGCACUCAUGGAGGAUUCUCUGUGCCUCGCCGAGCUGCUGAGGACUGUUUCCCUCCUCUGGAUUAUAAGCAGCAGAGGCCUUCACAAGAACUUAUUGCAAAAGAUUUGCAUGGUGUUGAAUGGAGGUUUCGACAUAUUUACAGAGGUCAACCACGCAGGCAUCUUCUUACCACAGGAUGGAGUGCAUUUGUCAAUAAAAAGAAGCUUGUCUCAGGGGAUGCAGUGCUUUUUCUUCGUGGCAAUGAUGGGGAGCUCAGACUCGGAAUCAGGAGAGCAGCUCAACUUAAGAAUGGUACUCCUUUUUCAGCACCUUGGAGCCAGAGCUUGGAUCUUGGCAAACAGGCUGCCGUGGCCAAUGUUGUCUCCACAAAAAGUGUAUUCCAUAUCUAUUAUAACCCAAGGGCAAGCCCAUCAGAAUUUAUAGUACCAUAUUGGAAGUUUGCAAAGAGUUUCAGCCAUCCGUUCGCAAUUGGAAUGAGGUUCAAGAUGCGAUAUGAAAGUGAAGAUGCAGCUGAGAGAAGGCACACAGGGUUGAUAACUGGGAUUGGUGACUUGGACCCUGUAAGAUGGCCUGGUUCAAAAUGGAGAUGUCUGUUGGUGAGGUGGGAUGAUGAUGUCGAUACUGGUCGUCAGAAUCGGGUGUCUCCAUGGGAGAUUGAGCCAACCAAUUCAAUUUCGGGCCAUAAUAGUCUGUUGGCACCGGGUUCCAAGAGAACCAAAAUCUCCCUUCCCACGGUCGAUCCGGAUUUUGCAGUUCCGAAUGGAAAUGGGUGUCCAGACUUGGGGGAAUUUGCAAGGUUCCACAGGGUCUUGCAAGGUCAAGAAUUUAUGGGUUUCAAAACUCCUUAUGAUGGUAUUGAUGUAACAAUUUCUCAGGAAACUGAGGCAAGAAAUCAUCAAUACUUUGAUACGAGGAGAUCCACCACCAAUGCGAAUAGCUGCAUGUCAGGUGGUCCAAGAAGUGGGGUCAGAGUUCCAGUUGGAAAUUCUGAUUUCCCCUACAAGUGCAUAGGCUUUAGUGAAUCUAGUAGAUUCCAAAGGGUCUUGCAAGGUCAAGAAUUAGUUCCAGAAAAUCCGCCAUACCAUGGAGGAAUAGUUAAUAUUCAUUCAAGAAAUGGUCAGUUCGGCUCAAUUGAUGCUGCGCAUCUAUCUGGUGCUGGAAACAGAUGUCCUGCACCUAGCCAGGGAUGUACUCUUCUACAAUCAUUGGGGCUGUCGGUUCAAGCAUCAUCUCCAUCUUCUGUGUUAAUGUUUCAACAAGCAAGUUUUAAGCCUCCAUGCUCUCAGUCAGUGUUGGACAUGAAUCAGAGGAGAAAGGAUGAUGGAGUAUUGAGCAGAAAAGAGACAUCCUUACAUUGUUGGCCCCGUUAUGUAGGGGGUGAAGUCAUCAAUGAACACCACAAAGCAGGAAGAGUCCAUGCUUCUAAGCCAGAGUUGAAAAAUGACAAAAAAAUCAGCAGCAGUGUUUGCAAGCUUUUUGGUUUUCCCUUGACUGAGAGGAUUCCUUUGACAAAUGAAGUGGAUAGAACUGAGAGAAAUUCCGAAACCAAUUUCCCGACUUCAAAGCCUCAAAGACCUGCCAAACCCCUUAGGCGCAGCUGCACUACUAUGCUGCAGGUUCACAAGCAAGGGAGUGUUGUAGUCAGGGUUGUUGAUCUCUCAAAGCUUGAUGGAUAUGAUGAACUGAUUUGCGAGCUCGAACAAUUGUUUGAUAUGAAAGGGCUGUUAAAUGACCCACAUAGAAAGUGGAAUGUUGUCUAUACUGAUGAUGAAGAUGAUAUGAUGCUAGUUGGAGAUGAUCCCUGGCAGUUGAGUGGAAUUUUGCAAAAUUGCUUCAAAAAUAUUGAUAUGCACAAACUACGAGGAAAUGAUGGCAUGUGGUGAAGAAGCCCAUGGUUACUCAGAUGGGCCAUCUUUUCCCUUCGACGUCACCAGGUUUUCCUUGGGAUCCAGUAAAUCCUCAGUGUCAACGUAAAAGAAACUUUGUGGGCCUGAAACUAUCGUUAGAGUUAGAAGUCGAACCAAAUUAUUGUAUCUGUUAGGCUUGUCUUGGCAUCCAUCUUUUCUCUUCUCUGCUCUUGUUGCUAAAUUUGUCUAAAUAGCUUAAGAAGAAAUUCUACUAUCCAGUAUCUGUUGUAAGGGUUUGUUGCAGUAUUGGUGUUCUGUUUUGACAGUAUUCUGAACUCUAAUGGUAACAGCUUCUCAGGCCUGCAAGUUUUGCCCGUGCA